UCUUUAUUGCCUCUUUUAAUGCACGCGUCUCCAUGUUUUCUUCCACUAUCACACCCUGAAAUCAAACACCUCCUUUCACUUACAAAAGCCACCCACAUUUUCCCAAUUCUCCACGACUUUGAAGUUUGUAUUUUUGUUUCUAGCUUGUUUGAAGGUGUGAACGUGAGGGAGUUUAGUAUGGCCGUUGAUUCUGCUGACCGGUGAGAGGUUGUCAUCAAGAUGGACGGUGAUAAAACAAGUACAAUCAACACCAACACCAACACCAACACCAGCACGAUUUGGAGAGAGUCAAGUUAUGAUUUUUGGCAAGAUACAGACCAGAAGAAAACCAGCGGUAACAUAAAGAAGAAGAGCGGGGAAGAAGGGAAGAGUGUUCAAGAAGGUGGGGAUUUUGAUUUCAUGCAGCGCGGUGCAGGAGCUGAAUAUCCACCCUCGAAGUUGAUUGGUCAGUUUCUUCAUAAGCAGAAGGCUUCAGGUGAGAUCUGUCUUGAUAUGGAUUUGGGCAUGGAUGAACUUCAACAGCAAGAAGCAGCUAGUGAAAAUAAUGGUAAUAUUGAUACUAUACCGACUUUACCAACGGUAGCUGAGUCGCCUACUCUGUAUAAUAGAGAUAAUAGAGUUUCCUUGGAGUCUUUAGAAAGAAGGCAUUCUAAUCACAGUUAUAAAGAAUCUCCACAAAAAGAUUAUGAAGGAGAGGUUUUGAAGUGUUCUUCUAAUCGGUCGUUUAAUAGUAAUGUGUCUUUUAAUAGGAAAUCUAAAUUGUUGAUGACUAAACCUAAAUCUCGGUUGUUGGACCCUCCACAGGACAGAGUCGAUAAAAAAUCUGGGAGAGUUGUGGGAAGAUCAGCUCAGUUGAAAAGUGGGUUUAUAGGGAGAUCAACUCAGUUGAAAAGUGGGUUUAUUGGGAGAAAUGUUGAAGAUGAAGAAGAUGAUCCAUUCUCAGAUGAGGAUUUGCCAGAUGAGUAUAAGAAGGAGAAAGUUAGUAUUUGGGUUGUGAUUGAAUGGUUAAUUUUGAUUUUGAUUAUAGCUGCGUUAGUUUGGAGUUUGACUUUUAAUUUUUUAAGGGAUAAGCAAUUGUGGAAUCUCGACUUGUGGAAAUGGGAGGUUUUGAUUUUGGUUUUGAUAUGUGGUAGGUUGGUGUCUAAUUGGAUCGUGAGGAUUGUUGUGUUCUUUUUUGAAAGGAACUUUUUGUUGCGAAAACGGGUUUUGUAUUUUGUUUAUGGAUUGAGGAAAGCAGUACAGAAUUGUAUUUGGUUGGGGCUUGUGUUGAUUGCUUGGCAUUACCUGUUUGAUAAGAAAGUUGAGAGGCAGACGAACAGUAAAGUUCUUCGGAUUGUAACUAAGAUCUUGGUUUGUCUAGUAGUAGGUGUGUUGUUGUGGUUGGUGAAGGCGCUUCUUGUGAAAGUUCUUGCAUCAUCUUUCCAUGUGAGCACAUACUUUGACAGAAUUCAGGAGGCAUUGUUCACUCAAUAUGUGAUUGAAACACUUUCUGGUCCUCCUGUGAUCGAAAUACAAAAGGCAGAGGAGGAAGAGGAAAGAAUAUCAAGUGAGAUUCAAAAACUACAGAAUGCAGGUGCUACUAUCCCUCCGGGCCUCAAGACAAGUACCUUAUCAUCACCACAGAGUGCAAAGGUGAUAGGGAGUGGAAGUCUACAAAAAACUCCUCCUGGGGAAAAGAGUCCUCGUGCACUUUCCAGCAAGGAAGAUAAUGGAAUCACAAUUGAUCACUUGCACAAGUUGAACCAUAAGAAUGUCUCUGCUUGGAAUAUGAAGAGGCUUAUCAACAUAGUCCGGCAUGGAUCUCUCACCACAUUAGAUGAACAGAUACAAGAUUCAAGUCAUGCUGAUGAGUCUGGACCACAUAUUAAAAAUGAAUACGAGGCAAAAGUUGCUGCAAAGAAAAUUUUCCAGAAUGUGGCUAAGCAAGGGUCCAAGUUCAUAUUCCGGGAGGACCUAAUGCGAUUCUUGCCAGAAGAUGAGGCUGAGAAGACAAUGAGUCUCUUUGAAGGAGUGUCUGAGAACAAGAGAAUCAGCAAGUCAGUCUUGAAGUAUUGGGUGGUUAAUGUUUUUAGAGAGCGGAAGGCACUGGCAUUUACAUUGAAUGAUACGAAAACAGCAGUCAACAGGCUUCAUCGUAUGGUGAACAUUUUGGUUGCCAUUAUCAUUGUAAUUAUCUGGCUCCUUAUAUUGGGAAUCGCCACCACCAAAUUUCUAGUCUUCAUAAGCUCUCAGCUUCUUUUAGUGGCGUUCAUAUUUGGAAACACUUGCAAGACAGUAUUUGAGGCCAUUAUCUUUCUGUUUGUAAUGCACCCCUUUGAUGUGGGCGAUCGUUGUGAGAUUGACGGAGUUCAGAUGGUAGUCGAAGAAAUGAACAUCUUAACUACUGUUUUCCUAAGAUACGACAACCAGAAGAUUAUUAUUCCAAAUAUUGUUCUUGCUACCAAGGCUAUUAGCAAUUACUACCGAAGUCCAGAUAUGGGAGAUGCAGUCGAGUUUUGCAUCCAUGUAUCUACUCCGGCAGAGAAGAUUGCGCUCAUGAAACAGAAAAUACUAAGUUAUGUCGACAACAAGAAGGACCACUGGUAUCCCCAACCGAUGAUCAUAUUCAAGGAACUGGAAGAACUAAACAGGGUAAGGAUAGCAGUAUGGCUAACACAUAGAAUGAACCACCAAGACAUGGGGGAGAAAUGGUUAAGGAGAGCCCUCUUGGUUGAAGAAAUGUUUAAGAUUUUCAAGGAGCUUGACAUCCAGUAUCGCUUAUACCCAAUUGACAUAAACGUCCGUGCCAUGCCUUCCAUGCCUUCAAUGCAUCCCAUGAACUUUGAUCGCAUCUCUUCAACCCGGCCAGCAACUUCUUGCUGAGAGGUAAAACAAGCGAAAAACAGUAUUUGAAGAUUAAAUAGUGCCAUUUGGGAUGUUGUUUCAUUUCUUAUGUUGUUUGUCUUAUUUUUCCUCAAUGUUAUGAACUUCAUAGCCUUGUGUUUAUAUAGUAGAAUCAAAUGAUAUUCUCCUCAUC